AUGAGUUAUUUGACUAAAACGGUAGUGUUUGCGCUGUUAGUCGCACAAGCAUUGGCGUACGACUGGCCAAUCAUUGACGGGUAUCCCUGUCCUGAGGAUGACAUUGCUAACACGCGUUGUUUGGGACCCAAAGACUGCUUAUAUCCCAAUCCCAGAGAUUGCAGUCGUUUUAUACAAUGUAAUGACGCGGGACUGGCGUAUGACAUGCCCUGCGCUCCGGGAGGUCUGCACUGGAAUGACGCUAUAAAGCAGUGCGAUUGGCCUGAAAAUGCCAAUUGUGUGGUAGUGACUGAACCCCCAACUCCAGAGCCUACGACUCCCAAACCUACCCCAGAGCCUACAACUCCUGAACCUACACCUGAGCCCACAACAACUCAAAGGCCGACCCCAUUACCCGGUUUCGUGUGCUCUCUCGAAGACAUCGCGAACACCCAAUGCAUGGGCCCUAAGGACUGUCUAUACCCUCACCCAACAGACUGUAAUAAAUUCAUUCACUGCGAGGUUAACGCUGACGGACAGACCGGUAGACCGACA